GGGCAGCGGAGUCGGGAGGCGGCGCCGCAGGGGGCGGAGGCUCUGACCGAGCGUUGUGCGCCGCAGCUUUCGCCUGGACGCCAGCGGUGCGGACACGAUGUCGGGGGUCUCCCGCCAGUUCCUUUGGGCCGCCACCUGCCUGGCCGUGGCGUGCCUGCAGCUUGCGCUCUCCGUGAGCCCCAACGUCACCGAGAUCCCAAGCGAGCCAGCGAACUCGAGUUCUAAGCCCAUCAGUGUAAUCCCAACGACCGCGACGACCGCUCUGCCGACCACCACCCCUGCGCUAGAAACCUGUGAACACCACAAAAGCUGUUUUUCCUGUUUUAAUUCAAGUAUUGCUAAUACUACUUGCUAUUGGAUAGACUGUAAAGAAGCGAGUAAGAGCUACUGUUCUGAUAAUUCAACGGUUAGCAAUUGUAGCGUGGUGAACAACACUGCCUUGUGUUCUGUGCCCACUACUGCUGCUCCAGGGCCAACCAAUGCAACAGCUAAAACCACAACUCCGCCUUCCCCUUCCUCCACCACAGUUACCACAACAGGUGCAGCAAAUACCACUUUGGCUCCAACCUUAGGACCUGUGCGGAAGUCUACCUUUGAUGCAGCCAGUUUCAUUGGAGGAAUUGUCCUUGUCUUGGGUGUUCAGGCUGUAAUUUUCUUUCUUUAUAAAUUCUGCAAAUCUAAAGAACGAAAUUACCAUACUCUGUAAAUGGACAUACUAAAUUAACAAGGACUGGCAGUUCAUUUGUGUAACUCACCGAAACCAAAAUCCUAUCUUUCAAGAAGUCCCACGUGGAAGAUGCUAUUCCAGGAACUUUAAAUUUACAAAGGAUACAUUAGGGUAUUUUGGAGCAUCAUCUCUGAAGAGAAGUCAGUUAAACCAUUUUGCUCAAAAGAAUAUUUAUAAAAUAUUCUGCAUGAAUCCUUGGGGCUAUCUUGUUUUAUUUUAAAUGGCUGCUGCUGUGGGAUUAUGUUUCUUUUCUUGACAUGCCAAAUAUAACUUUCUGUAAGUGAUGGAAAAUGUCCUUUGCAGACAACCUCUUGACUCUUGGCGGAUUAAAUUUAGUCAUCAUAAAGCCUGAAAGCUGCAUUAUUUUCAUACUAACUCAAGAUGUUACCUAGUGGCCAGAAUUGAGAAGUGUGCCAAACAAGCAUCAGUAGGGUAGAUUUUUGACUAGCAUUUCAGAAGUGGAAUUAACCUAUUUAGUAGUACUAAACUGUAUCCUUAGAAUAAAAUUUUGUGCUCAAUGUUAUUUUUUUCUACAUUAGAAAUAAGUUGCCACAAUAGGGAAUUACAUUCCAGACUUUAAUGAAUGGAAAGGAUACAACCAUUAGUGUGUAGCAGGUUGUUCAUAUUUGUAAAAGCACCUUAUAUCAUUGAGAACAUAAAGAACAGUGCCUUAAAAGACGAAUUGAAGGUAGGCUGUAAUGUAAACUGUUUAUGACUUGUUCUGAGGAUGUACUGUCAAAUGAGCAGUAGUGAACCUGCCUCUAGAUGCCAUACUGUUAAUAUUUAAUUUAAAACAUCUUUUUUCAUAGCUGAGAAAGUUAAGCUACAGAGUUGAAAGCCUUCGUAUUUUGAACCUCCCAACAUUUUUCUUAGGGAUGAAGAGAGAUGAAACUAAUUAGGUAUCUUUAUACUCAAAAAAGAUACCCUAAUGUUACUGUACCUUGGAAAGAUUUCUUCCAAGCUUCCUUAGAAAAUAACUUUUAUGAGGCUAUAAAGGAAGUAAGUUUUGGAAUGAUUUAUCUUUAAAUGAGACAAUCACUUAAGUUUUCAGAGCAAAUAUGACUUGUGUAAUUUCAUGAAACCUAUAGGUUUUAAGCCAGGCAUGGUUGCGCACAUCUGAAAUCCCAGCGCUUGGGAGACUGAGACAGAAAGAUCUCUGUGAGUUCGGGGCCAGCCUGAACUACAAAAUGAAACCCUUUCUACAAACACACACACACAAAGCCCUGCGCUUGUGACCUGGUUACUGUAGUUCCUGAAGACUGACCUGUGUAGACCGCACUUGUCCUUUCUCACUUCCUUUCCUUGACUUCAGUUCCCAUGAAACAGGCAGGGCUACUUUCAUUUCUGUUAGUCUCAUAAAGCCCCAGUUUCCUUAGUUGUAGGAUGUUUAUUCCUCCCUUGCCUUGGACACAUUGGAUUCAGAGGCCUUAGUUUAAAAUAGGCUUUUGGUUUUUUGAUCAUUAUUUUAUUUUUCUCCUUAGCCUAUAGUAGCUGAGUUGAGCAGUUGCUUUUCCGUGUUUUAGAGUAGGGAUUGACACAGUGCUUUGGUUCAUUUCUUAAACCGAAACUCCUUGUAUUUAGGUGAUUAUAUUAAAGGUUCUCAAAAUGAAGAGUUGCUGUUUCUUUGUCACUUGCUGGUACAACUCAAGUUUGUUUUACGUGCACUUUGUACAUAUACCUAAUGUUUUCAAGUGCCUUAAUUGUUUAAAUCUCUGGCUUCAAAGAUACUUUGGAAAAUAGGCUUACCUCACAACUUUGUGUUUCCAUUAGUAGUGAUAUUUAAGGUACUUCACAAAAUUUUUUAUGGUGCCAUGGCUGUUAGUAUUUAGUGAGUGCUGUAAGAUUUCAUUUGAAAAUACAGAAUUUCCAUCCUCACAAGGUGACGAAAGUGAGCUGCAGGGCUGUAAUCAUCACUCACCUGGAUAGGCAUUGGUUGCCACACAUUAAUGCCAACACAUGUAAGAAAUUUUGUGGGAAUAAUUGGAAGUUUCUAUAAUUUUGAGCACUUCUCUAACAACAAAACUAUAUGAAGUUAGAUUUUGCAAGUUUGCAGAGGAGCUCUUGCGACAGAAUUCACAGCCUUAUUUUUUCCUUCCUUUUAGCAAUGUAAUAUCUUGAGCCAAUAAUUUUUGGGUUUUCUUAAUCCAGAAGGUAUGUAGAAACCUUUUCAGAUUUUUCAUCUGAUUUGUUCAUGCUGGUAAGAGUUCUGUCAGAUACCUUACUUUACCUUACAGAUACUUAAUGCACAGGCAGACACUGCUGUAUUUAGGAAUUUCUAUUUCAGUUCAUUUAAAACCAAUCUGUAUCAUGUACCAAGCUGAUUUAAAAUAAAUCUACAUGUUUAUUGAA